ACACACACAAAAAGAAAGUAAUAUGCAUUUCCUCAAGUUUUUCCCCCUUUUUGUCUUCCUUUACUUUGGCCAGUACUAUUUAUCUGUUACUCAUGCUGCCACUUUUGAUAUUACCAAUAGGUGCACCUAUCCAGUCUGGGCUGCUGCCUCCCCUGGGGGAGGCAGACGACUGGACUCAGGUCAAUCUUGGAACAUUAAUGUAAAUCCUGGAACAAUCCAGGCUCGCAUUUGGGGUCGAACCAAUUGUAACUUUGAUGGUAGUGGCCGAGGCAAAUGUGAGACUGGAGAUUGUAAUGGGUUGCUAGAAUGUCAAGGUUAUGGUAGUCCACCCAACACUUUAGCUGAAUUUGCACUUAACCAACCCAAUAACUUGGACUUUGUCGAUAUUUCUCUAGUCGAUGGAUUCAACAUCCCUAUGGAAUUCAGCCCAAUCAAUGGUGGGUGUCGUAAUCUCAUAUGCAAUGCACCUAUUAAUGAUCAAUGCCCGAACGAACUACGGACACCAGGUGGGUGUAACAAUCCAUGCACGGUUUUCAAGACGAACGAAUAUUGUUGUACAAAUGGGCCGGGGUCAUGUGGACCUACUGGAUUUUCGAGAUUUUUCAAGGAAAAAUGCCCAGAUGCUUAUAGUUAUCCACAAGAUGAUCCAACAAGUUUGUUUACAUGUCCUGCUGGUACAAAUUAUAAGGUUGUCUUCUGCCCUUGAAGGCUACAAAAUUAAACUAUAGUACUAAGAACUAUAUAUUAUAUUGAAUAAAAGAGAGUGACAGAGGAGAGAGCCAGUGGGUUGUCUUGUUCAAUGUUGUCACUUUCAUAUGCAGUUGAUUUUAAGAAAUAAAGAAUUCAGUUGA